GGACCGUGGCACAUUUGCACUUCACUGGCACAGCAUCUCUAUGAUGACUGCAUGUAAAACUGUUAACACGUGUUGUCGGUAAUAUCUGUAAUUUAUUCGCUGCAACUUUUGUCCGUGCCGAUAGUUUGCAAAUGCAGCACCGCAAACUUGUGGCCCAGCGAAACAAGACGAGACAGCUGUUUGAAGGUCAUCGAUGGGUCACCUCGAUUGUAAACAAAUAUGCAUACGACCAGCUGCAGUACAGUACGUACGCCCGCGUCGCCGGCCGCGCCCGGUAGCGAUCGUAUACGUGUACGUAGCGGUAAAGUUAGCAACAUCAACUAACUAAGAUCAGCAAAUGAAUUUCAGAAGGGAGAUGACUCUCACGAAAGCCAGUCAAAAACGCUCUCGGAGCAGAGACGAAGAUGGGGAAGAUAUUUUACCCAGAACAAAGAGGAGAGAAUAUAACUUUGAAAGGUCUCAUCCGCAUCAAGAAUUAUAUGAAAGCCCAGCAGAUGGGACAGGGGAGCCACACCACUCACAGGCAGCAUCAUCCUCAACGUCUCCCCUAGCAACAAGUCCUCAGGCUGGCAGCACUGCUUGCUAUUGUCUUCCACCCUCACACAACAGUGCCGACAUCACAGCAGCCUUACAUAACACCCAUCUAGAUAGGCAUGGGUACCAACACCACAACCCAUCCCCUUCUCCUCCAUCUACUACCACACCAUCCUUCCAUCAUCAUCAUCAUCAUCCUGUUCUCCUGAAGGAUGCGGGCAUUCUCCCGUCCUCCCAACACCCAUCCCUGGGCCCCCUCCCGGACGUCGUCCACGAGACUUCGGAGACGUGCUACUGUCACGUCAACAGGUUACUCCGCGCGGCCCACUUUGAGAGGUUAAAACGCAUCAAGGAUCCUCGCAUGGCAGAGACCGGUAGUACGAGUGCCUUCAACUAAAUACUGUUCCCUCAGUUUGUACCGCAAGGUGCUCUAUUCUAUCUGUGACUGGCUAAAUGCAGCAAGAUCUAGAUUUGAAAAAGAUCAUUAGCCGGCAAGGUAGUUAGGUAUAUAGAAGGAAUGGUAGAUAGCAGUAGUCAAAUAAUAGAUGUUUGCAAGUAAGACUUUGCAAAUGAUAGGAUAGAUUUAUAGCUGAAUUUAGACGGAUGGAAAGGAUUCAUGUUUACAAUUUAAUGCAAAAUUCCAUAAGCCCGUAUUCUGAACUCAAGUUUGAUUUAAACUCUGGACUAAAAUUUUGGUCAAGCUACGGAAAGCUAAUUCUGACACUGGUUAAUCUCACAUACUAGUAAAUUAAUUUCUCAUCGCAUUUGAUGCUCAUAUACUAUCGGAAGUAAUGAGUGAAAUAGUUUUCUUCACCUAAGAACAUGGGAAAAGCAACAUAAGUAACAUAAUACAAUUUUAACAUUUUUGGCUUCCUACAAUUUUAGCACAGAGUUAGACCAUGGUCUAUUAAAGUUGAGUUGGCCCUCAGAAUGUGGGCCAUAGAGUUGCAGCCAACAUAUAUGAAAAAUAGCAAUUCUCUCAGGAUAAACAAGUGAUGUGCAUAUUGUUUUAUCACCAGUUAAUAUAUGUUCUGGCUCUUCCCUGUAUUAUGAAAGGAAAGGGUCAUUAAAAUAGUGAUAAUUCAAAAUUGCUGUAUUUUGUUGCAUUUACUCGCACCAUUUAUGGGUGAAAAGGGUAAAAUUAUAAUCUUCUGAAUUAUAUAUCAAUAGCUACAUGUAUCACAAUUUUCAUUUUAAGAAGGUAAAUGAGUUUUCCCAUAUAAUUUGCUAUGUUAUGACCCCCUCCUAAAUUGUCCAUGACCAAGAAAAAAAAUGAAAAAGGGUGAAAAGGGUAAAAUUAUAAUCUUCUGAAUUAUAUAUCAAUAGCUACAUGUAUCACAAUUUUCAUUUUAAAAAGGUAAAUUAUUUUCCCCAUAUAACAUGCUAUUUUUGGUCCCUUUAAAUGUAUGUGUUCAAUGCACCAUUAGUUGCGUUAUGUAUAUCAGUAAUCUCCUACGUGUAUGUGAGUUGAUUUGUUUGUAUGUUUCUGAAGAUUUUUCAUUGGGUCCUACUUUGUUUUUGCUCUGGUAUUAAGAUAGGUAUACUUCCCCUUACUGAAUUUCUGCAAUUCAAGUUUGAGGGGUAAUUAUUUUUUCCUGCUCUGUCAUAUAUGAAUAUCUCUGUGAUUAAUGUGACUUCUAACUAGCUAGCGCCUCAAAACAUUCUUGAAGCAUUCGGCAAUGAUCAUUCAUUAAUUACAAUGUAUGCCAAUUUUCAAAAUUCAAGUUUUUCUUUAAGGCCAGGGGCAUGAUCGAAGAUUGGCGGGUGAUCACUGCUUGUGGUAAAACCAAAUUGGGGGCCAAUUUUGAAACCAAUAUGGCUUAAAUGUGGUAUAAUUAGAAGGUGUAACUAUUCCCCAUUACAAUGAUAUGUUAUUUGUUAUACCAAUAUAAUCAUGGAAUGGAUAGUCCGGAUAUAAUAGGCAGCAAUGAAAAAAUGAAAUAUUUGCAAAAUCAUGGUUUUCAAUAGUGAAUUUGAAGGUGGAUUUACAUUGAAUUAUGUUGAUGUAAUAUGCAAAAGUCCACAAAAGAUGUUUUCUCAUUUGCAUAGUGAAUUUAAUAUGUUUGGAUUAAUGUUGAACCCUGUCAAUUUUCAUAAGGUUUAGCUUAUUCAACUAGUUUGAUAUAUUGGUUUCUUUGUUUGUUGAACAUUUAACAUUUAUGAAAGCUCCACUUCAAACAAGAUAUCGGUUAUGCAAAUUCAAGAGAAAUUGAGACUUAUUUAGAAAAUAAUGCAUUUUGCAUCUAAACGCUUUUUACUUUGUCUAAUAUUCUGGGCGAUUGAACAUUCCAUGAUUUUGAAAUCACAACGACUGGCUCAUCAUUUGAAAGAGGAAUAAUAAAGCUUUCCAAUGAUACCAGUUUCACUUGUAAUAGUUCAGUAAUGAAAAUUAUAUUAUCAUCCCUCAAACUUUAGUUGCGGAACUUUAUUUUUAGGGAGUUAUUUUCAAAAUCUUUUUAAUGAUGAUUGUAUUCAUUGAAAAGAUAAGGUGUAUGGCUGAAACUAGGUGCCUUUUGAAUUCCAAAAGAUGUUGUGAAUUAUAUACCACUCUAUUUGUGUAUUAUAAUUAUUUAUUAUAAAUUUUAUAUAAAUGUAGAUUUAGUUUCUUCACCCUUGUAUCUUUGUAUAAAUGAUUAAUUGUGGUAAUGUGUACAAUACUUCUAUGAAAGAAAAAGAUUUUAAUUGAAAAAUGUAUUUCUAAUUUGCAUUUAUGUUUGUUGGAUUUUAGUUAAAAGAGAAGAUGGAAUGUGGGCCUAAUUGUUUUUGUGAUAAAGAUUUUUGCAGCAGGGAGUUUUGAGACACGAGGCUUCCAUACAAAGCCUUCUCCCAUCGAAUUUUAACAUGUGACUCCGGCCGAGGUCAAGGCUGCCUCAGGACCGGUCUUGUUUUCUUCCUCGCCAAAAUUAUUUGAACCCGGGAAUGGAAACAUCACUUCCAAAUGACACUAUCUUCAAGAACAACUCUUUAUUCGAUCAAUAAAAUACUGUAGUACAUGUGUCAUUCUUUCUGAGUACAGAUGACCACAAAUAAAAUUCCUGUGAUCAUGUUUAUGUUAUUUCUAUUUUUCAAGUAACAUUUUGUCAUAUGCUAGGCAAGUAUGAGAAAGCAACAUGUUCUAUUACAAAGGUUUUUGUCAUUAAAUAUUCAGUAUUUCAUAUAUCCUUUUAUUUGAGAUAACAGACCGCCCUUUCACACAGUAAAAAUAUUAUAAUUUGAAUGAAGAUUCCAGUGAAAAAUAAGGCUUAUUACAAAUUUUUAGCACGUGUGAAACCAAACGAGAACGUGAUUAGAAUCACGAAUGUUAAUCACAAUCACAAAUUCAAAUUCUACUCUGGAGGUGAAUUCCAGUUAAGUUUGUCAAGCACUCAUCGUAGUUUGUAUUUGCGAUGCAGUGCUUUGAUUGACAAGUCACCAAGGACACAUACCGCCUUCACUCUGGAAUUCGAAUUCAAAUCACAGUUUUCGAGUGAGCAUGUGAAAGGUGUCCGAUGAUUCUAAAGACAAAUUGCAAUCAUUAUUACAAUGAUGAUUCAAGAUUUAUGUGUGAAAAGGCCCAGAGUUAUUGAUGUGAGAAAUAAUGGUUCUUAUAUAAACCCCUCAAAAAAGUUCUGCAACUCAAGUUCUGAGUGCUAAUAAAUUUCUUAGUGUGCCAUCAUCAUAUGUAAAAUGGAGAGCAUAAUUAUUCCUCUUUCAAUCAUAUGUCAUUUGUAAUGCUAAAGUUAUCAUGAAAUGCACAGACGUGAUAAAUAUGCAGCAAUGUAAAAAAUGAAAUGUUGCAAAAUUUGUUGUUUCCAAUGGCGAAUUUCCAAUUGUUUCGAGGAUGGGCUGAAUGCAUUCACUGUCACCUGCAUGAUAACAAAUGGAGACUCCUGUUUAAAAAAACAAUGCAUUUUGCAACAUUUCACUUCUGACUUUUCUCUACGUUCAGGAUAACUGCAUGUUUCACGAUGACAUUAUCACAGCAGAUGGCACAUCAUUGUAAAGAGGAAUAAUUAAGCUUUCCAAUGAUACCAGUUUCAUUUUUUAUACUUCAGUAACAAAAAAUAUAUCAUCCCUCAAAAGUGAGUUGCAGAACUUUUUUUGAGGGGUUUAAAAACAAUUGCAGUUGGUUUCAUUUCUCUAAUACACUCUCACCACUAGAUUAAAGAAUAUAUCAUCUAUUGCAAUUUAUUAGAUUUUCAGGGAUUUCUCCAAAAUGUUGGUUGAUGACAAUGCAAAUUGCACUGUUCUUUGUCUCGUAUAUUUUCACAUCUUGUUUUGAUAUGAAGUAAUGAUCUUUUGGGUAUUUCACUUAUCAGUCAAUCAAGUUUUUGCUCCUUUUACCAAUAACAUCAACUAGAAAGUACUCAAUAUGAUGUCCUAAUUUAUGUGACUGUAUUUCCCCCAAUUCUCAACAUUGAAAUUGCAAUAUAUCAAUAGUUAUGAUCUAUAAAUCUUAUUUUUCAUGAUUACGAUAUAGGUGAGGAAAUACCCAGUUAUAUCCCAAUUUAAUUAUAGGGGUAAUACAGAGUCACGCAACCUAUACACCUCUUUGUAUUCUCUUGGAAAUUCAAAGAGUGGCUGCCUACCUUGCCCCCCCCCCUCGCCAUGGUGACACGCAAUGGAAAACAAUUCAGAACCCAGUUUAGAUCUUCAUGUUGAAGUUGUAUAUUUACAAUCAUCCAUGGCUUCGGGAGAUUUACCUGGUUAUAUUAUACUUGCCAUGUUUAUGUAUUCAUUUUUUUUUCUUUCACCCACUUAUUUGAUAUGAAUUGGAUAUGAAUUAAAAUAUAUUACUAACAACUA